AUGUUCGCACCUCUCCCGCGCGCGCUCGUCCACGCCGCGCGUCGACGCGCUUCGUGGACGACGCCCGCACAUUCGCGCGCGCGCGGUGGACCGAGCGACGGCGCGCGCGCGGCGACGGGGGCGAGACGGGCGGCGAAUGUGUCGAGGGCGUUGCGAUUGUCCAUCGAAGACGCCCCUUGGGCGGCGCGCGAGAUCGUCCACGCCGACGCGUUCGACGGCGUCGUCGUCCCGGAUCUCCGUCGCCGGGACGCCGAGCACGGGGCGGGGGAUCGGGAUCGGUGGAGGGCGCGGGACGGGACGACGCGGACGACGUCGACGUCGGCGAGCGGCGGGACGACGGAGGCGGUGGCGCGAGCGAUCGCGCUAGUGGCGAUGGGUGGGACAAAUCCGUCGAUUUUGUGCGUGAGCGGUGACGGUGGGGCGAUAGAUUCGAGCGCGGAGGUGUUGGGGCGAUUGCGAGAGGCGCGGGCGCGCGGGACGCUGCCGCGAGAGACGACGCUCUUGGCGGCGGCGAAUCCAAUGUUGGGCGCGACGGAGGCCGAGCGGGUGAUGCGGAAGCGCGAGAGCGGGGCGGAUGGGAUCAUCACCCAGCCCGCGCUGUUGCUCGGGCGGUUUGAGAGGUGGUGGGAGGCGUGCGAGCGUCUCGGCGCGUUUGACGGAUUAGGCGAGAGCGCGCGCGAGAGCGGCGCGGCGAAAGGCCUCAUCCUCGGCGUCGCGCCGAUUCGCGACGUUCGAGGGUUAGAACUUUGGUUCAAGCUCACCGACGUCGACGGUGACGCCGACGCGGACGCUCGAGCGCUGCGCGAUGAGUACGCCGCGAACGCGGCUUCGAUGUCGCCCGAGCGCUUCGACGAUUGGACGUUCGAGCGCUUCGAGCUCGCGACGACGCACGCCGCCUCCCUAGAUCACGUCGCCGGCGUUCACGUCAUGCCCAUCACCCCCGGCGGGUACGCCCACGCCGCGCGUCUCGCUCGAGACGUCCUUCCGAUGUUUCGUCGAUGA